AUGAGUGGACUUGUCAGUUAUGAAAGCAGUAGUGAUGAAGAAGAGCAGUCCCUCCCAAAUGCCGCGCCCAGUCUACCGUCCAAGGGAAAAUCAGCCGACUCCGCAAUUCCAGCUGAUGAUCUUGACGGCAGCAGCAACAUAAACAAAGGCUUUCCUACGGUAGAGCUAGGCGAAAAGAGAGACGCGAGUACGAGGGUCGACAAUGGGCCGAUGCUGGGUCCCAUCAUGCCCGCUCAAAUGCAGAGCGACGACAAUGUUCUUGAGCAACAAGACUCUGCAGAAACAUCUCAACAACACAUGUCCGAACGUGAAACUAUUCACUUGCUUACGCAGGCAACCCACCCCAUGACGGCUAUUCCGCCUUCGCCCCCAGGAUCUCCUGAUCCUGCCAUGGACGCCAAAUUCAAACGCUUCCUGGAGCUCAAGGCUAAAGGGGUUCAUUUCAACGAAGACCUCGCGAAGAAGUCCACGUUCCAUAAUCCCGGUUUAUUGGCUACGAUGAUGGCUCGAGCAGGAGUGGAAGGCGACGAUCAGUACAGAACUUCUCUGCCACGGGAGGUCUGGGAUCCUCUGGGGUUUCCUCCGUUGGCAUACAAGGAGGAACUGCUCCGAAGUCAGCAAAUCCUACGCGAGCAAGACUCCAACUCCAAGAAAAGCCUAUCAGCUGCAGGAAAGAGAACGAUUGAGUUCACCUCGGGCGGUAGGUCUGGUGCUUCCAGCAGAGAGUCGACUCCGGGAACGGCCAGCAAACGAAAACGACCUGGAUGA